CCAUCGUGGUGCCUCCGGCAUUGAAAAUCCCCGGUCCGGAGGACAGACACCACAACCCCUUGAAAAAUCGCGCGGACCGCGAGAAUUUCCGGGACGGGGUGCGCAAGUGGUCGCGGAGGGCCUUGCUUGCAACGAUGUUUUCCAAGAUGUUCCACCACGGUGCGCGGCAUCAUGGCGCGAUUACUAACCAGGCACAGCCCGAGCUGCCUGCCCUGAAAAACUCCAACGCGGCGCCGGUAACAACGCCGCCGCUUCCGGCCUUUUCGAAGUAUGGAUUGUAAAAAUGUCUGGGUCUGGAAACUUGUGAUGCUGCGUUGGGAAUAGUGAAUGCUCUGUAAUGCACAGCCAAGCAUGGCGGGAAACAUCUGCGCUUUUUUGUGUUGCGUUUUUCACAUGAUUGCAUGACAGGCAAAAGGGUCUCUUCUUGGACACGCAUCACAAACGUUUUGGUCAUCCCAGACAAGCAUGACAAAUCUCGCAGUCUUCCAGACCCAGACACUUUUGCAUCUGAUACGAAAGAGGCGAACGCAAUUCGGAAGCCGGGGAUCCCGCGGGGCCGCGGAGGCCCCGCACUUUCUUCGGCCGUCGUGGAUUUUGCGUUGCGACGGAGCGGACCUUGAGCACGAGGUUUCGUCGUUUUUUUACUUUAUAACUCGAGCUCGUCUUUGAAAAUGUAGACUCACUCUUGAACGUUUACCUGCGCGUAUGGGAAGAAAUUUCCUUCGGAAAAAAACACCAGUUUUAACAGAGCUGCCCACCGAAUUUGUUUAUUUUCCCGGACGGCGCUAUCGCUAAUCAGUGCCGAUGUCCGAUCUGUUUUCAUGUAUUGAAGAUGACUUCUAUCUUGCAGAUGGCAGCAAAAUGAACAUUCCCUAGCCCAUCCACCUUGUCUGCGAAAGUAAAGCGAUGUGAAGACCCUCAGAUGAAAAACAACUACCCGGUCACGGUUUCUUACUGCAUGCCAGAAAUGAAGAAAUUCCUUCUAUUAAUUUAAGUACCGAU